CGCCCCCGGCCCGGGGUGCGAAUCCGCUGCCAGAGAGCGACUGGCGAUGCUGGAGGUUCUGGAGUCGAAGCGGCUGCAGCUGGCGCCGCGUCUGCCCCGCGUGCCCGGAGCGGAUUCUGCCGGCCGCCCCCGGAGCCCUGCUGAGCCGGUUAUCGCUUCCUCACUGUGACCGACCAGCGUUGCAGAGCCUAGCAAUGCCUUUUGGGUGCGUGACUCUGGGUGACAAGAAGAACUACAACCAGCCGUCGGAGGUGACUGACAGAUAUGAUUUGGGACAGGUCAUCAAGACUGAGGAGUUCUGUGAAAUCUUCCGGGCCAAGGACAAGACAACAGGCAAGCUGCAUACCUGCAAGAAGUUUCAGAAGCGGGAUGGCCGCAAGGUGCGGAAGGCGGCCAAGAAUGAGAUUGGCAUCCUCAAGAUGGUGAAGCACCCUAACAUCCUGCAACUGGUAGAUGUGUUUGUGACCCGCAAGGAAUACUUCAUCUUCCUGGAGCUGGCCACGGGGAGGGAGGUGUUUGACUGGAUCCUGGACCAGGGCUACUACUCGGAGCGAGACACGAGCAACGUGGUGCGGCAGGUCUUGGAGGCUGUGGCCUACUUGCACUCGCUCAAGAUUGUGCAUAGGAACCUCAAGCUGGAAAACCUAGUGUACUACAACAGGCUGAAGAACUCAAAGAUUGUCAUCAGUGACUUCCACCUGGCUAAGCUAGAGAAUGGCCUCAUCAAGGAGCCCUGUGGGACCCCGGAGUAUCUGGCGCCAGAAGUGGUAGGAAGGCAGCGGUAUGGACGCCCUGUGGACUGUUGGGCCAUUGGUGUCAUCAUGUAUAUCCUCCUUUCAGGCAACCCACCCUUCUAUGAGGAGGUAGAGGAAGAUGACUAUGAGAACCACGACAAGAAUCUCUUCCGCAAGAUCCUGGCUGGUGACUAUGAGUUUGACUCUCCAUACUGGGACGAUAUUUCUCAGGCAGCCAAAGACCUGGUCACAAGGCUGAUGGAGGUGGAGCAAGACCAGCGGAUCACUGCAGAAGAGGCCAUCUCCCACGAAUGGAUUUCUGGUAACGCCGCUUCUGAUAAGAACAUCAAGGAUGGUGUCUGUGCCCAGAUUGAAAAGAACUUUGCCAGAGCCAAGUGGAAGAAGGCUGUCCGAGUGACCACUCUCAUGAAACGGCUCCGGGCACCAGAGCAGUCUGGCACAGCUGCAGCCCAGUCUGCUUCAGACACUGCCACUCCUGGGGCUGCUGGUGGGGCCUUUGCAGCAGCUGCAGCUGCAGCUACUGGGGGUAGUGCUCCUGCAGCCACAGAGGGUGAUGCCGGGGCUGCUGCCAAGAGUGAUAAUAUAGCCUCUGCAGAUCGUAGUGCUACCCCAGCCACAGAUGGCAGCGCUACUCCAGCCACAGAUGGCAGCGUCACCCCAGCCACUGAUGGGAGCAUCACCCCAGCCACUGACGGAAGUGUCACUCCAGCUACUGACAGGAGUGCUACACCAGCUACCGACGGGAGAGCUACACCAGCUACAGAAGAGAGCACAGUGCCCGCCACCCAAAGCGGGGCCGGGCCAGCUGCAAAAGCAGCUCCCACCCCUGAACCGGCUGUGGCCCAGCCGGACAGCACAGCUCUAGAGGGUGCCACAGGCCAGGCUCCUCCCUCUAGUAAAGAAGAGGCUACUGGCUGUGCCCAGGAGUCUCAGAGGGAGAAGACGAGCUGAAUGGGCAGCCUGUUGGGGGCUCUGAGGGAUGGGAAAUAGGGUGGGAGUGUGGAUGAUGGGCUUCUCAUUGUAUAUAGAGUCACUGGCAUGAUGCCCUAGCUCCCCCAAGCUCCUUCAUCCCAGUGGGGCAUGCCUGGGGGCCAUGGGAGAGCAGUCUUGUCUCCUAUGUGGAUGUGCGUGAGUGGUGGGCAGGCCAGAGGCAGGGCCAGCCCUAGCCCCUGCAUGGAUUCCUUGUGGCUUUCCUGUCUUUCGCUAGCUUCACCAGUUUCUGUUCCUUGUGGGAUGCUGCUCUAGGGAAGAAACUCAGGGGGUCCUUGCUCUCCUUCUCCUUCCUUCCUGCCUCAUCAUUUCCCCAGGCAGGCCCUGCAAGUCUCGUACUUUCCCAGGCCCUAAAUUGGGUGGCCUUGCCCUGAGAGCUGGUCCUCCAGCGAGGCCCUAUCAGCAGUGUUAGGCUCCUGCACAUGAAGGUGUGUAUCUGUGGAGUGUGAGCUGCUCUAGGGGUAGACACUGGCUGCUCGAGAGGACUCAGAAAUCUAGGGCAGUGUGCUUUAAGUCAAGUCUGGUCACAUGGUUGGGGGCACUGCAUGUUAGCUAUGGGGAUCCUCAGAUGUGGGAGAGAGAAUGGGUAGAAAGAUAGAAGCUUCCAUCUUUUCCCCUGGGUAGGCCCUCUGAAGAUCCUUGUGUUAUUUCUUGCUUUCCUUUGUCCUGUAAUGGGUUGCUCUGUAUCCUGAUUCUUACGAAAUUCUAAAGGAAGGGAGAAACAGGAUGCAGCGAUGAGACCUGGGAGAACAGUGUAGGGCCAGCACCAGGGCCCCAACCUAGCUGGGUUCUUCCUCUGAGUGGGAUAGGGAGGGCUGGUCUUCCUAGAUGCCACUACCCCUAUGGUCUUCCUAGAUGCCACUACCACAGGAAGAGAUCUUACCUGUGGCCACCUCAAGCAGGCUCAGACCAUAAAUCCUCUUCCUCCCAGGGAGGCAUGGCAGUACCUCAUAGGCUGCUUGCGAGUUUGCUCUUUACAGCGGCAGAUUUUCUGCUCUGUGUUCAGCAACGUGGAGAGGAUUUUCCUCUAUUUCUGCUAUGACGGGCUGAAAUAUCACUCAGCCAUGUUAAGUUGCUCUUGCUGGGAUGAGGAAGUAGAAUAAGAUUUCCCGGUCCUGGAGGAUGCUCUUGGCAGGUGCCCUUGGUUCAACCCUAUCACAGCCUGAACAGGCAGCCACGCUGGUCCUUGCCUUAGCUCGGCACUCCAUGGUGGUCCUGCCCUUCUCCCUGCAUGCCUGUGGGUCUGCUCUGGUAUGUGAAGGUUGGUGGGCUGUGUGCCUACUGAACCUGGCAAAUAAACGUCACCCUGCAAAGCCUCUGGCCACCCUCUUGCCUUUGCUUCCUCUGUCCCAUGGGAGGCAGUGGGGGAGGGAAGAGGCUGAUGCUCAGUGCAUUGCUUGGGGUGAAAGUGUAGGUCACCCGUUCCAUUGAGUACUUGGGUGGUGUUGCUGGGGAUCCUCUGGACUCUAGAGAACCAUGUGAGUGAUGUAUUUCAGCCAAGAACUAUCCCUGAGUGAGCGCCUGAAGGGCUGAUGCUUUUCCAACUCUUUUUUUUUUUUUUUUUUUUUUUUUUUUUUUCGAGACAGGGUUUCUCUGUAGCUUUGGUGCCCGUCCCGGAACUAGCUCUUGUAGACCAGGCUGGCCUCGAACUCACAGAGAUCCGCCUGCCUCUGCCUCCCGAGUGCUGGGAUUAAAGGCGUGCGCCACCACCGCCCGGCUUUUCCAACUCUUGUGGACCAAGGAGCCUUUGUCUUAACUUGGACAUAGAGAUGGGAUCCACCCAGGACCAACCGUUACAGGGAGAGACCUUGCUCGUGGCCAGGGUGGGCCUCUUUGGGCUGGGGAGAGGGUGGGAUUGCACAAAAGUUCUGUGCUGUAUGUUGAUGCCUACUUCCUGUGAAUACCUAUGCUUUCCACUUAGACCAAAAAGAUUUCACUCUGUCUUCCCCUGCUGGAGCAGACUGCUUUAUAAUAUGGAGUCAUGUAUGUUUCUUCUGGGGGAGUAAUACUGCUAACUAUAUCAUUAGAAUCCCUACGGAGACUUGCUUCAGCUCAGAUGGGCUUUGCUGAACUCACCUGGGUUGCUUUCUCAGGGAGGACCUUAAAUUAUCUGAUGUGGGAAUAAUAAAGAGGGUUUGUUAUUUCCUGG